AUGUACGCCGAACAAGCCCUCAAACUCGUCCACGACGCCCGCCGCACCGAAAACCUUCCCCAUCUACCCCCUUACAACACCACCGUGAUCCGCGCCGUAACCAAAGAAGUCCGAGAUUUAGAUCGCGAAAUCAAUACGCUUUUGGCACCUUUUGCCAUCAACAACACCAACAAUAGCAAUACCGCGAGAUCAUCCACCACCACAACUUCUUCGUUCAAUCCACACGAACAUCCUCAAUUGGCGUGUACGUUGUUAGUCAAUCAAUUGUCUAUGAGGAGGAAUAAAAGAUGUUUACUCGCCUAUCAUCGGACGAGGACGGAGAAAUUGGAGGGGUUCUGUUGGGAGGGGAGGGAUGUGAAUAUCAACAAUAAUCAAAAUCAAAAUAUCAACAACAACACAAUCUCAGAAACGAUGACGACGACGACGACAACAACAUCAACUCUCUCAUCGGAAGAAGAACAAUAUACACAUGCCUAUUCCUCUCUACUCGCAGCGUACAAAGGUCAAUGGACAGAAAUUGAUUUGACGGGGAGUGUGGAACCUCCGCAGGACAUUUUCAUUGAUGUGCGCGUGUUGAAGGAUGCGGGCGAGAUUCAGACGGAAUAUGGCAGUAUUACGUUGACCAAGAAUAGUCAGUUUUAUGUGCGAGCCGGUGAUGUGGAAGGGUUGGUGAGGCAGGGAUAUUUGCAGAAGUUGGGAUGA